AUAUAAAGCACUUGGAGCAGCAGUUCUCCUCUCGUGAGCUAUCCCCGCUGUAUCUUUUUCUGUGCUGGGUCUUCCCCGUCAUCCGGCAGAGAGGAAGCUCGCAGUGCUUCUGCUGUAGAGGACGGAGGGUGAGUCGUCGCUGGCAGACGAGGACAGGCUGGUCCAAUUUUCGUUCUCCACCCCCCCCCUACUGGUCUUUGAGUCUUCUGUCCAUAAAAGUGACAAGGGAUCUGUCUGCAAUCUUGUGGAUUUUACCUCCAUAGGAGUGAUACCAGGGAAGGAGAGGGAAACCCGGGUGGAAAGGCCCCCGGAGUCUGCUCUCCGGUGCUUCCCCCCCACUCCCCACCCUCUUCCCCUCCUGGAUGACCUAUGCUCCUCUAGUUGGUGCCCCCACAACCAUGAACAAGAUGAAGAACUUUAAGAGGCGUUUCUCCCUUUCUGUUCCUCGCACUGAGACCAUUGAGGAGAACGAGUUCACAGAGCAGAUAAACCAGCUCAACAUUCGUCACACUGAGGGCCUGACUCCAGGAAGGCUUGGUCUUCCAUCUCAGGAUGCCAGUCCAUUGAGUCCCGAACCAAUGACACCGGAAGCCCAGUCUCCUUCACAGCCAGACCUCCAUGACAACGCCGAGCGCAGACGGUUCUCCGUAGAGGGCGUCAGUAAACGCAUGUCUCUUCCCAUGGACAUCCGCCUGCCUCCGGAGUUUCUCAAGAAGUUGCAGCUGGAGAGUGAGAACCCAGCGCUCUGCAAACCCAUCAGCCGCAUGUCUCGGCGUGCUUCCCUGUCCGACAUAGGCUUUGGGAAACUGGAGACCUACGUGAAGCUCGGCAAACUGGGCGAGGGGACAUAUGCCACAGUGUUCAAAGGGCGAAGCAAGCUAACAGAAAACCUGGUGGCGUUAAAGGAGAUCCGGCUGGAGCACGAGGAGGGAGCACCUUGCACUGCUAUCAGAGAAGUAUCCCUACUGAAGAAUCUGAAACACGCCAACAUCGUCACUCUGCACGACAUCAUCCACACGGACCGCUGCCUCACUCUGGUGUUUGAGUAUCUUGACAGUGACCUGAAACAGUACUUGGACAACUGUGGAAAUCUCAUGAGCAUGCAUAACGUCAAGAUAUUUAUGUUCCAACUUCUGCGGGGUCUGUCCUACUGUCAUAAAAGAAAAAUCCUCCACAGAGACUUAAAGCCUCAGAACCUGCUUAUCAACGACAAGGGAGAGCUGAAACUAGCCGACUUCGGGCUUGCCAGGGCCAAGUCCGUCCCUACCAAGACUUACUCCAAUGAGGUGGUAACUCUAUGGUAUCGACCCCCGGAUGUGUUGCUGGGCUCUACAGAAUACUCCACACCAAUCGACAUGUGGGGUAUGGGCUGUAUCCUGUACGAGAUGGCAACGGGUCGUCCCAUGUUUCCUGGUGCCACAGUGAAGGAGGAGCUACAUUUAGUUUUUAGGCUUCUUGGUACUCCAACAGAAGAUACCUGGCCGGGCAUUAGUAGUAAUGAGGAAUUUAGGUCUUAUCUUUUUCCUCAAUACAGACCUCAAGCUCUCAUCAACCAUGUGCCAAGACUGGACACCGAGGGGAUUGACCUGCUAUCUGCUCUGCUGCUGUAUGACACCAGAAGGAGAAUCACCUCUGAAGAUGCUCUACGGCACUCUUACUUCCUGAGUCUGGGGAAUAAUAUACACAAUUUGGCAGAUACUGCCUCAGUGUUUUCCCUCAGAGAGCUCCAGCUCCAGAAGGACCCAGGCCACCGCAGCUCAGUGUUUCAGCCUCUAGGUCGAGGAAAGAACCGAAGGCAAAGCAUCUUCUAGAGGACUCAGGAGCAUCAGAGCCACGAAGAGACGGGAAGCUGCCUUUCCCAGACCACAGCACAGAGGCCAAGACAGUUCAGCACUGUUCUGCGAGCAUGUUCACCUACGUUACGUCUCAUUUCCAAGGCAGCUGACCAUGAAGACACAAAUGGUUUCUCACUAUAUACUUGUGUUGCAUUAGACUUAGCUGAGAUACACUCUCCCUCCACACACAUAGCCUGCAGUACAUAUUUGCACACAUUUGCACAAUCACCGACAGUGAAUACUUUUCCAUGACUCAGUUGCACACACCAGUGAUUUAUUGAUAGAGACAAACAAAGAUCUCAACCAUAAGGUUCUAAACUAAACCCGUCUUGCAUACACAUGCAUGAAGUGUGUGUAGUUUCCAGCCAGAGCACACCCAGGGCUCUGGCCAUUCAAGGUAGCGACCAUAUCUGGAGCCAUCAUUCAGUCUCAGCUGUAAAGACAAAAGGUUUGUGGUGCAAGUUGAGAUCAGUUCAAAUGUGGUCAGCUUGUUUCCAAAAAGUACUGAGGGUUUACCGUACUAAAGUUUAGGCUUUUUUCCAAACAACCCAAACGCUUGAGAAGGCUGGCAUGUUACGUUUCUCCAAACUAUACUUUUCUAGACCAAAAGAGACGUAACAACUAACGUGACAACCGUAGCAACAGAACUUCCGUAAAGAAUUAACGACCGGCCGAAGCGGCCUUUCAUACAUAUCUUUUCUUAGCAACCGUUACAAUGAUACGCAAGUGUGAGGUCAAAGGUACAUUUUGGUUUCACACAAAAAAUAGUCUAAAAUUACAAUGAUUUUAAUGAAGUAAUAACAAAUUACACUACACCGUUAAUUGCAUUUAUAUCAAUUUUAUUUCCUGACAAUAAAAUCAGAAAGUAUUACUGAAAGUUAUUGAUGUAAAAUCCUGAGGAUUUUCUGUCAUACCAGAAUAACAAAUAAAAAAAAACAUUUUCACAUAUUUAAUGUAAAAAAUAAUAUUAAAUGUUUAAAAAGGACUCAAAGUUACCUUGUGUUUCUUAAACCUCCAAAUUAACAGAAGAAACUUGGCAAUAGUAGCUAGGGCCUUGCAUGCUAACAGGCACUUUCUUGAUAACGAGAGAGUUUGUUAGCUAUAAAUGAGCUGACGGGAGAAUCUAAGGAGCCAAUGAUGCUAAGCCAGCCAAGACCAAUAUGGCAGCAAUGGGCACGUUGGGUCAUCCAGAAGUCUUAGAGUUGCAUAUACACAAGGACUACAAACACUGAAAAAGUAGUGCAUUGUUCAUUUACACAACUUCUACUAACAAAAAAACAGACAUUGAACCUACAAUGAAAUCUGAUAUCCUCAUGGACAUAAUAUGUUGUAAAAUGGAUACAUGUCGAAGGCCUUGCUGCAUUCUUUCAACUCAGUGUGGGGUUGUGUUCCAGUGUUAAGAGCUCACAUUCACUCCAGUUUUUGAAGUUGCCUUAGUAAACUGCAUGAAAUGUUGGCUUUGUGAAGAAUAUAUAUUCAAUCUAGUGUAGCCAAUAAGGCAUUUGCUUUGUGUGUGUAAAUUACUCACAGCGAGUCUAUGUAUUUCUUAGUCUCCUAUUUGCACAAACCAAAAGUGUCCUCUGCUUCCUUCCCUUUGCGUCUUAUAUGGCUUCAUGACAUACCAAAAGCCCUUAACCCUAGAACCAGUAAACUGGGAAAGUAUGUCUAACAAUAACUUUCUGGUAGCAAAUUUCCCUCAGUAGUACUCACCACUACCCCUUACAUCUUGCACAUCUUUGUUGCGAUGGAGCAUCUUUUGGCUCUGUGUCUAUAAUUAGCAGUGCAGAUGUAGAAAGUCUACUUAACUGCAGAAGUAAAACUUUUAAAUCAACCUUCUACAAUGUCCUUCGUAGUCCCCUUAGGUUACGCAUACUGUUUGCCAUAGAAGAUGAAUCGCUCUCCCAACACAAUAGUGAUGGGGCUCUCGGCAAAGUGGCACCAUCCUCUGGCCUUACUCCCUCCCCAUCCGCGUUACAUAAGUGGACAUCCCAAGUCAGUCAGAGGCCAAAUUACUUGCAUUUUAUCUUAACGCAGAAGGUUUGAUUGUGGGAAAUGUUUUAUCACUCGGUUAAUGUAGCAAAACGAUUAGAUGUAGUUUAUAGGAAACAACAAAUACUUUAAUACUUCAGGAUGUAAAACUGUUGCAGUUAGGAUUAUACAACAAAACUACUUGGCUAGGGUUAGAAACGUCUGUUACAUAAAACAUUAAAUAUCUUUCUUAGUAGAUGGAUAGAAAAAAUAUCUGAACAUUUUCUUUCACAGAACAUUACCACCUAAGGUCCCCUGAGUAAAGGUCCUGUGUUUAUUUGACCCAUGCCCCGCCCAUCCCUCGCACCCUAAGCCGAGAAUUCCCCCCUAAUGCUAAGCGAUCGGUUCGAACGUCUCAUGUUUUACUAUGGAGUGGGCUAAACGCCUGUUGCAUUUCAUGUAGACGCUAAAGGGUGGCUUCAUGGUACCAAACAUGCCAAGCCAACUGACCAAGCGGCGGUAUUUGACUCCUUGGAAGUAAGACCAAGCAGCCAAAGUGACCAAAGCAGACUGUUUUACGUUACCCCAGCUUUCACCUGUAUUGUUUGUGCAGCUCAGGGGAGGACAUCAUUGUUUGAUAAAAGGGGCACAAUGGCAGAAAGAUUGUUCUACCUCUGAAAGUAACUAAAGACAGAAUCAUGUUGGGACCAUUCAAACCUCUGAUCACCUGUAAGUGAGUGCAAGCGAAGUUGAAGGCAACAGGGAGAGAAAUUUAGGACAAAACACGCCGAGACCUCAGAUGGAUCUCUAGCUGUGGAUGUUACACUUCCAACCUCCUCCUUCCUUCCCUCAGCGGCAGAAGUAUUACUGUUUGUUUAGUUGUGGUAAAUGAUGCUAUUUUAAGUACUGUAAUGAAAAAUAAAUAAUAUAUAUGUAUUUUAACAGAUGUUUCCAUUUUUCUCAGUGAGUUUUUUGCCGUUAAAAUGAUAGAACACUGUAUUUAAGAUUAAAUAAGGAAGAUGUUUAAAUGUUUUAUAAAAGAUACAAUUUAGAUUUUGUAUGACAUGUGAUAUUUUGCGUGAUUUUGUCUACACUGUUACAAAAUGAGAAAUUUGAUGUAAUGUGACCGCGAACAGGCAUAUAAUUGGUGGAACAAUGGAUUUGCUAAUUAAUAAAUAGACUGUUGAAAUUCUGGCA